CCACGCUGUGGCAGCAGCGUGGAGCAGCUUUACCGAUGGUAGUUCAGGCUGCAAGCCGAGCAGCAGUCUGAACUGCACACAGCAACAGGUUCCUCCACGUUGUUUCGGGGAUUUUGCCACGGUAACCGUGCGGCUAGAGAGUAGCGAGAUGUCAAGCGGAUCGGAUAUGUCUCUGCUUGACUGCACCGGAGCCCGAAUCUCCGGGUGCUGGUCACUGAGAAGCGACCGCAGUGGGAGCGGAGAGGACUCGCUGGACCGGCUCCUGCCUCAUGCUGGGGCACCCCGCAGGAAGAGCGCCACCUCUCUGAGUAAAACGGAACCACCUCUGCUCCGCACCGGCACACGUACCAUCUACAYCGCCGGCCGCCCUCCCUGGUACGACGAGCACGGCGCUCAGUCCAAAGAGGCUUUCGUCAUCGGGCUGUGUGGGGGCAGCGCCUCAGGGAAGACCACUGUGGCCAACAAGAUCAUCGAGGCGCUCGAUGUGCCCUGGGUUGUGCUUCUGUCUAUGGAUUCUUUCUACAAGGUUUUGUCCCCAGAGGAGCAGCUCCUGGCAGCGCAGAACGACUACAACUUUGACCAUCCGGGGGCGUUCGACUUUGAGCUGCUGGUGGCCACGUUGCGAAAGCUGAAGCAGGGAAAGAGCGUCAAGAUCCCAGUGUAUGACUUCACCACACAUGGGAGGCAGAAAGACUGGAAAAAUGUGUACGGCGCGAGUGUUAUCAUAUUUGAGGGAAUAAUGUCUUUUGCAGACAAAGAGCUUCUUCAGCUGCUGGAUAUGAAAAUCUUCGUGGACACAGACUCAGACAUCAGACUCGUCCGCCGGCUCCGCAGGGACAUCACAGAGCGCGGCCGGGACAUYGAAGGCGUCAUCAAGCAGUACAACAAGUUUGUGAAGCCUGCCUUUGAGCAGUACAUUGAACCCACCAUGAGGCUGGCCGACAUCGUCGUGCCUCGAGGUGGUGGGAACAUGGUGGCCAUCGAUCUGAUAGUCCAGCAUGUCCACAGCCAGCUGGAGGAGCGUGAGCUCAGUGUCAGAGCUCUGCUCGCCUCGGUCCAGCAGACGCAGCCGCUGCCUCAGACGCUCAGCGUGCUGGAGAGCUCGCCGCAGGUCCGCGGCCUGCACACCAUCAUCAGGAACAGAGAGACGAGCCGAGAUGAGUUCAUCUUCUACUCAAAGAGAUUAAUGCGUCUUCUCAUCGAACACGCUCUGACUUUUCUACCCUCUCAGCCCUGUGUGGUUCAGACUCCGCAGGGCCCGGACUACGACGGCCGCAGCUACAAGGGGAAAGGAGUGAGCAGCGACGUUCUCUUAGCUUCCUGCUGAGCGUUCUCCUCUCCUCUCCUCRCCUUCGCUCCACUUCCUCUUCCUCUUCCUCGCCUCCGCAGAUCACCGGCGUCUCCAUCCUGAGGGCAGGAGAGACCAUGGAGCCCGCCC